UGUACUUUCAUUCAUUCUAGUUACAUAGGAUGUCCCAAGAUCAGAAAGCAGGGACCGAACAUUAUGAAGAAAUUGAAGACUAUGAUUACAACAACCCAAACGACACCUCCAACUUUUGCCCUGGAUUACAGGCUGCUGACAGUGAUGAUGAAGUAUCAGGUGACUUAUUUGUGGGAUCAGCUGGGAGCUUUGACCAUACACCUAAUUCUUGCCACCCACCUGAAACAAUACAAGAGAAUGGUGAUGCACCUGAAGGCCGAGGCUUAGACAUCACUACUUAUGGCGAGUCAAAUCUGGUAACUGAGCCUCAGAAGGUAAACAAAAUUGAAAUUCACUAUGCCAAGACUGCCAAAAAGAUGGACAUGAAAAAAUUGAAGCAGAAUAUGUGGAAUUUGCUGACAGAAUUCUCUAAGCAAACAGACACAGAGAUAAACCACAGUGAGACUGGAAAAGAAGGGGACCCAGAGAAGAUGUCUGAUGAGAAGAUGCUCAGUGGGCUGACAAAGGACCUGAAAAAGAGCCUGCCUUCCCUCAUGGCCCAGAACCUUUCUAUACCUCUGGCCUUUGCCUGUCUCCUCCAUUUAGCUAAUGAAAAGAAUCUGAAGCUGGAAGGAACCGAGGAUCUUUCUGAUGUUCUUGUGAGGCAGGAGGAUUGAGCUCGGGAGAAGUCAGCAGCUGAGGUCACCUCAUUUCUUCAGUGAGCAGCACGCCUCCAUCAGUGCUUCAGGGCCGUGGACUUGUGGCGAGGCGACAUACAUAGUAAUUGCUGGAGAGCACUUUUCUCUCCCUCACAGCUCGGGAACCGGCACCCUGAUGCUCUGUCCUUGAUUCCAGUUUUUGUUUGUUUUUUGUUUUGCCUCAUGGUGACCUUUACCAAAGACCUUUUCGGUUUUAAACAGCCACCUAAUGCAUGUACAUAAAAGAUGCCACAUUACUCUUAUGAAUGUACAUAUGUAAAUGCUUAGAAAUAAAAUCAUUUUGAGAAA